AUGCUACUGUCCAAUGUGUCAAUGAUUUCCGUAUCCCAACAGUUUCAAGGACGCGUGGGAGCGUCGUCUGUCUUCCGAAUUUUGUGGCCGAUUUCUAGUAAAGAAAUAUUGCCUUCAGUGCUGAGAGUUGACGUCUCUGUUAUGACCGUACUGACAAUUCUUCGGCACUAGACCUGUGAAGACCAUGCCAUGUCGACACAGCACGCAUAUGAUUACAGGCAGUUUAGGACUGGAAGAAUCUCCGCACACACAUGGUCGUCAGACAGAGUUGUCCAUAACCGUUCCAACCAGGUCAGCGUCGCCUUGUCGCCGAGACCGAGGAGGGAGACGACAGUGUCGGGGAGGGACGAUCAACCGAUAUCGAUCUUGUCGUAAUUAAUGUGGCGAGUACACACGGAUUGGAGACGGAAGCAGGAAAAAUCGAUGAAACUGGAAAGUAGGCACACGUCCAGUACAUCAAUGCGGAGUACCUCGUCUGCUUCUAACGGAAACAAAGACAGGCACUAGUGCUCAAAAUGGCUGACAGUGCCAAGGACGCACAAAAUGGCGACUCUGGCAAGGCCCCGGAGAAAGAGCAGGAUCCCUCCCCCGGGCAGGAGAGUGCCACAAUUAUACCGGAUGUUGAACAGGAAGUAGUUGAACCCGAGGAGGACCCCUACAAAAUUGUGGCCGCAAUAGACUUUGGAACGACAUUUAGUGGCUACGCCUACACGUUUGUGUCCAAUCGGGACGUCAUAUAUACCAACAAAAACUGGGGACAGACACAAGGCUUCCUCCUCCAUAAGACACCUACCUCUCUCCUCCUUAAACCCGACGGGCAGUUUGAGGCAUUCGGUUUUGAGGCAGUAUCUAAAUACAAUGAUUUGUCGGAAGAAGAGGCCGCAGAAUACUAUUAUUUCGACAGGUUUAAGAUGAACCUCUACGAUAACAAGGAGCUGAAGACGGAUAUUACCCUACAGGACACUUCCGGAAAGGAGCAGCUUGCAGUUGACGUUUUCGCCAAAUCUCUAGGCUUCAUGAAGUCUCACUUCUUACGUCACUUGAGCGUGUCCCUGGGGUACGAGCCCGACCCACAGUCCGUCCGUUGGGUCAUCACUGUACCUGCCAUCUGGGACGAAAACGCCAAGCAGUUUAUGAGGGAGGCGGCACAUAAGGGUGGUCUUAUAGAUACAACGUACAGCAACCAACUCGUCAUUGCACUAGAGCCGGAAGCAGCAUCACUCAAUUGUCGGUCACUUCCGGUUAGUACAUUUGUCCAGACGGAUAAUGAGCAGGUGUCAAAGCUGACUUUUGAACCCGGAACUAAAUAUCUCGUGAUUGAUGCAGGAGGUGGAACAAUAGAUAUUGUGGCCCACAAGGUUCGGAAAGACGGUCGUAUCCGGGAGCUCUUCCGUGCCACAGGUGGGGCGUGGGGUGGGACAGUUAUCGACCGUCAGUUCAUCGCCAUGCUUGACAAGAUUUUCGGUGCUGAAUUCAUUGCCGCGUUUCAGCGCGAGUUCCCCAAAGACUAUGUCGAGUUAUUACAGGACUUCGAAAUAAAGAAGCGCGGUGAGUGUGAAAGUGUGCGUGUGUCGCUCCCCUACAACUUUUGUAACUUCCGGCACGAGGGCCGGUCCGUGCAGGAGUGCAUCAAGUCGUACGCCGCGUCUGAGGGCGGACGUAUCAAGUUCUCAUCCGGAAAACUGGUAUUGUCUUCAGAGGUGGUCACAGAUUUGUUCUGUGAUGCACUUAAACAGAUUAACGAUCAUGUGAGGCAUCUUCUUCAAAGACCAAAGUUAAAGGAUUUGAAAUACAUGUUCCUGGUUGGAGGAUUCGCCGAGUCGGUCCGCCUUCAGAACUCUAUCCGAUCGGAAUUCGGUGAACAGGUAACGGUCCUCAUACCCGAGGAAGCUAGUUUGUCCGUCGUCAAGGGGGCCGUGGCAUUUGGCUGCGACCCCAGCGCCAUCUGCCAGCGGAUAUGUCGCUACUCCUACGGAGUGGGGUCGUAUCUCCCUUUUGAGGAAGGCGAACAUAGAGACGAUCUCAAAGUCGACUCGGACGGAAUGGUGCUAUGCAAACAUAUUUUCCAGACCUGGGCCGAAACUGGAGAAGUCAUAGGUCAUAACGAAAUUUGGCGGGAAACAUAUACGCCAAUUAUUACCAACCAGAAAGGCAUUAUUUUUGAGUUUUUCAAGUCGUCGAAACGGCGACUGAAAUACACGGACGAAGACGGUGUUGAGAAAUGCGGAUGCCUCGUUGUGGAAAUGCCUGAUCUGACUGGCGACAAGGAACGCGCGGUUGACCUAGAGGUCAUAUUCGGAGGCACUGAGAUCAAGGUUGUUGGGUAUGACCACACAAGCCAAACGAGGAGGGAAACAUACAUAGAUUUCCUAUCAACGUAGUGCUCGGUAUUGUGAAAACGGUUGUGACACAUGAUUAAGGCCUCGCCACUGGUUGUGACUGAUCCGAAACAUGGAGUAGAAUUUCACAACACCCCUUCAUUCCUGGAAAUCGACCAUCUUUUCUGCGCUUUGUCGAUAUACCUUUGAACGGUCCAUGUGCUUUAGCACGACCGCUGAUUCGACGGUGGUUGUCAUGUGGUUGUUCUCGGCGACAUUUUGUUUUAUCUUAAGAGUGCCAUCUCCUGAUGUCCAAAUAUACAUCACCAAUACCGUAUAAUACACAUGUAGUCAAGUGACUUAAACAUUUUUGUUUUUAAGUGUGGUGCCAAAACUGCUCAAAUGGCGUUUACUAUAGAGUCCCUUGCCUUGUAACUUCCGACUGUCUCGAGCAGGUUUCGCCGUGCCUUUGCUUGCAUGUACCUAAACAUAUAUAUGGGAGCGGGUACUUCAACCUAACUGCAACUGAAAAUGGCUAUCACAAAAGAUUGUAUGGACUUCGAUCAAUAAAUGAAUUAAGACUGGAAGCAGUAAGUUGUUUCAGUGCCUUUGAAUCUUUCAUUUUCAUGAACAGGUCUUAUCCCUACAACUAAUGUAGGUCUCCUGUAUAAUCAAAUGUUUUUUUAAUUGCCAAUUAGCCUCAGUAUGAAGACUUAGUACCAAAGGACCUCUGUCUGUCGGUCUCCUCUUUUAAUUGGAAAUGCUACUAGACCAGAAUAAUUGUUUUUGACCAAAUUUAGUCUGGGACAUCCUUAGGUGAAGGAGAUUCGGUUCUGUAUAAAUGGGUUGUCUGACCUCCCAAGGACAGACAAACGGCUUAAACCGAUAACAUCCUUCUUCAAUUGGAUCAAAAUUCGUUCAAAAAUAGUCUACAGUAUCGGUAGAUGAAGAGUCUGACGUCCUAGGCAGAAAGAGACAGGUCACCAUGCAAAAGGUUCUAAUUAAGGAACUUUGAUCAAUUAUCCCGUAAAAAGAGGUCCCAUGGACCUGUAUCAAUCACAAGGUGUCAAAUGUUUCUGCAAAAACAUUUCCUACUUUGAUCUGGGUUAAAUCAUUUCUUUGAACCAAUUUAAUUUUGCCAGCUACAAUGUUUUUAAACAAACGAAGAACUUAACUAUUUGGACAUUUAUCACAGAACACAACAAGAUUGACCUUGAAUACAAGCCCACAUGAUUUCAUCCAACAAAUUUGUUGCACUUCUGCAAGCUACAGACUGAAUCAUGACUUGUGCUUUUUUUGAUACAGAAGUUUUUGAGCCCCGAUCUUGAUCGAAGGUCAUGGUCAUUUCUGUUUGCAAAUCUUACCCACUCAUUGCCAACACUGGAAAAAAUAUCAACAUCACAAAUGAAAAAAUAUCAACAUCUCAAAUAAAUUCAUUUUUUUUAUUGAAAAUGUAGGCGAUUAUGCCUAAUGAAAGUAGAAAGACUACAUGCAGAUAUACUGUACAUUAAGUAACUGCUGGUCCGAGAGCAGGACUAAAUGUAUGAUAUAGUAUUAUAUACUGUACAUUAAGUUACUGCUGGCCGGAGAGUAGGACAAAUUUCACGGCCAAAAUCAUGUGCACCAAGUAACAAUCAACAUGGCAAUCUCACAAAUAUAUCCUUUUUGGUUUUAAGAGUACAAUAUGUAUUGAAAAUAUAGCAAUUUAAUCAUGUAACAUUUUGGACCCAUCAAAAAUACACAACUUUUACCAGGUAAUUACAAAUUGUUACCUCUCAAAAAUAAACCUUUACAAAACAAUUUCAACAGUCUAUCAAAAGAGUUAAAAUCAGGAAGACCAAACCAGCCCGAGAUUCCAUCACUGUUUUGAUCUUUGGGUACGGAAAUAUUU